AUGGCUAAGAAGAAGAGAGUGAAGAGCGUGUAUCUUCCUCAUGAAUUGAUCAUGGAAAUUCUGUUAAGGUUACCUGUUAAAACUUUAUUAUGUUGCAGGUUCGUCUGUAAAUCAUGGUUUUCUCUCAUCUCUGAUAACAAUUUUGCUACUUCACAUUGUGAACAUGCCGCCACACAUAGACUUGUCUUAAUAAACGGUUUUGAUCUUAAAUCCGCCCUAUCCAUAGAUGUUGAUGCAUCGCUUCACGAUAGUUCUGCACAUGCUUCAUUAACCCUUGAUUUUUUGAGUCUGCAUUUUCCUUAUGAAUAUUCUCUUGAAAUCAAAGGUUCUUGUAGAGGGUUUCUGUUUAUGCUGUUUAAUGGCAAAUACUUGUACCUAUGGAAUCCAUCCACCGGGGUCAACAAACAAAUACCCGACUCUUUUAUAAAUACUUUUACUAUAAUGGUUUCGAACUUCUCUCUGGCUUUGCAUAUGACCACUCCACCGAUGAUUACUUGA